GUACGCGUAUCUAUAUGAUACCUACAGUGUCCCGAGUAUGGAUGUCAAGAUAGUUGUAACUUUCCUCACUAACAACAAUGUUCCACAGUCUCAAUCCUACAAUCUUAUCCUUCCCUUGUCCCUCGUUGUUAAACCUUGUCCACCAAUCAAAGAUGCAGAUUUUAAGGUGACCUUGAGUACUAAUAAACCUGCAGUAAGCUUGCUAGAUAUAUUUCCAGAGUUUGUACUCGACAGCUCAAUGACGAAUGCUGCAGGAUUCCAGGUGUAUGGAGGGCCCAGUAUUACUGUCUUAUCUUCUAAAACAUCUCAGAGAUACAGAUUGCAGAGUGAAAACCUUCCUGCCCUGUGGAUAAUAUCUCAACAUAUACUGCAUAGGCUCAAACAAAGAUUUUCUGAUGGGUCUGGAAGAACUGAUUUUGAAUGCAGCUAUAGCUCCUCACUCCCUCUUCAGAUAGCUAUUACAUAUGUCUCAAGGGCUUAG